UUGUCACAAACGCUCAUGGAGAAGUCGCCACCCGAUAUAGUUCUUGCUUUCGCCGCGCUGUUGGACGUGGAGGACCUGCUCAACCUGCUGGCAACCUGCCGCCGGAUUCGUGCCUUAAGCGCGGAGCCCGCGCUGUGGAUCGGCUGCCUGCAGCGCAUUGAGUGCGUGCAGAUGCACCCUGUGACGUCCCGGGCGAGGGACUUCGCCGCACUACCGCUCGCCGAGCUCAAAGCCAUGGCGCACCGUGCCGCCCGGAUUCUGCGCAAUCUCGCGUCGCCUAGCCCCCGCCUGGAGCGCAUUCUGCGGAUCGCUGGUGCUCUGAAAGACGGCCACUUCUUAAUCCCUGGCACCGGUCUCUUGCUGACCAAUCCACCUGGCAGAGUCGACUGCUGGGACGUGGUGCAGGCCCGUGUUGUUGCGAGUGUCGCCCAUGAGCGACUGCGUAUCUUUGGCAUGAGCUGUGUGUGGUCUGGCUCUCGUGUGCUGUUCAGUGCUGCGAUUAUAGAGUCAGAGCGUACUAAUGAUGUCGUGCUUGAGGCCAUCGCGGUCGUCUGCGUCGAUCUAAAGGACAGGGAAAAGAUCCGUAUAACGACUGUGGUCUCCCCCCGGAUCAUACAUGCAACACGACAGACCCCGCACUUCCCUGAUGUUUUUAUUACAGAGAAGCUCAUGGGGAUUGUAUGUCACCGGGGUACGUUCACGAUGGAAGCGGUCGGUCUCCUGUGUUGGCCGAUAGAUGCAUCUCAACCGGUGUCCAUUUGUCGGUACCCAUUUCCUGAGGACCAACGCAGUAUACUCAGCUUCGACGCAGCUAGCGGCAUCCUUUACGGACUGGUCCCUGCACCGGAAUUGAACACCGCGGUGUCUGUGGUGCACAGUUUUCCCCUGCGGGCCCUCUCGAACGGUGGGAUUCAAGUUGAUCCCUCAGCCCCGGUGGCUUCAAAAACGCUCGUGCACCCCGAUGACAAUGUCCACAACCCACCGGGAGACGGCGGGUGGAACUCCUGGUCCUCGGCCGGCUUCGCGGCCACGUGUAGCGCUGAUGCACAGGCCCGGUUCGGCGUCCGCGCCGUCGCCUGGCGGUCUCAACACUUCCAGCGACAAUACGCGGCAGUGGGUGCGGCGCAACGCCGGCUGCUGACGUCUCUCACAUUCCUCCGGGCCGGCCCGGGCACCGGGGAAGCACACGCUGCGGACGCCCUGGUGUUUGCGGCUCCGGCGGGCGAUGGCAACCACGUGGGGGGAUACUCGGGCCGGUACCUUGUGUUCUCGUCCGGGGGCCCGGGGCUCGCGGGUCAAGGCUCGCUCGGCUUGGGCAUAGCCCGGCUACCGGAGCGGCCCGGGGGCGCGCUGCGGAUUGCGCGGUUCUCCGGGGGGCCCGACGGUAUCGACCUCAACGCGCGUGAUAUCAGAGUGCGGGCGGUGGACGAUAUCCUGGGGCUUGUCGUUCUGUGGGACAGGAAACAAGAGUGUGCGAACAUUUAUUCGUACUCCGGGGAUUGGGGGCGUGGGUGUCUGCGCGGGACCCCGCACGAUAAAUGUGUUGUUUGCUGA